CUGGUAGCUUGAAGCUGGAGCGUUUCCUGCUCCCGCGCGGUAGUGUUUUAGUAGAAACCAGUACGGAACCAGUGUUUCCAGUAAAGCCAGCAGAGUGUCGGAGGGUCGCGGAGAGUUUGCGGAGGCCGGAGGUUCCGUUAAUUCACCGGGAGCACCGGGACAGACGGCGGAAAAUGGCGAAGACGUACGACUAUCUGUUCAAACUGCUGCUGAUCGGUGACAGCGGCGUCGGUAAAACCUGCCUGCUGUUCCGGUUCAGCGAGGACGCCUUCAACACCACCUUCAUCUCCACCAUCGGAAUCGACUUUAAAAUCAGGACGAUCGACCUCGACGGCAAGAAAAUCAAACUUCAGAUUUGGGACACCGCGGGCCAGGAGAGGUUCAGGACCAUCACAACAGCCUAUUACAGAGGAGCCAUGGGCAUCAUGCUGGUGUAUGACAUCACCAACGAGAAGUCCUUCGAUAACAUCAGGAACUGGAUACGCAACAUCGAGGAGCACGCGUCUUCAGACGUGGAGAGAAUGAUUCUGGGAAACAAAUGUGACAUGAACGACAAGAGACAAGUGUCCAAAGAGAGAGGAGAGAAGCUCGCGAUCGAUUACGGGAUCAAGUUCUUAGAAACCAGCGCCAAGUCCAGCAUCAACGUGGAGGAGGCCUUUUUCACUCUCGGCAGAGACAUCAUGACCAGACUGAACAGGAAAAUGAAUGACAACAACCCGUCAGGUGGAGGUGGGCCGGUUAAAAUCACCGAGUCUCGCUCUAAAAAGAGCUUCUUCAGGUGCGUGCUGCUUUAGGCGGAGCCUGCUCCUCCUCCUCCUCCUCCUCCUCCUCCUCGCCUGGCUGCUGCAGGAGGGCCGCAGAACAAACGUGCGGAAGCAGGGAGAAGAAAACAUCUUCGUACUGAAUCUGUUCAGGAAAGUUUCUCCGCUUCUCACUCAGCUCAAAUCUUCCUCCUUACUUCCUGCACGCCCUCCCCCUCCUCCUCCUCCUCCUCCUGUUGUGGACUCUCGCUGCCGCCAGGUCAGCAGCAGAAGCAGCGAGGUGAAAAUGUUUUCUAAAGAAAGACAAUGUAAGUGAUGAAGACGAUGAGGAGCAGAGGACAGUUUGUGUUGUUUUUCCUUUGACCAAAGCUGAUGUGGAGUUACGGUGGCGUCUCGCUCUGCGGGAUGAAGGUCGUCCGUCACGUGUCUUUCAUCUCCGUCCUGUAAAUGUUGUCGUGACGAUAAAUGUGGGAAAUAUUUCCUGUUUGUUUGUCGACAGUCAUCAGUUCCACUGCCGAUGCUUUGAAAUCGAAUUUAUUUGAGACAAUGAAAAGAAUCAAAAACAGGAUUUAUUACAGGAAAUGAAGAACAAACGAUCCAGUUUAAAGUCGCAGACCCGUAAACGACUCACGAAUCAGCAGAACGUCAUGUUAAAUGUAAAAAACGAAUUCUGUUGGUGCCUCCUGUAAAAAACAUAAGUGUGUGUGUGUGUGUGUGUGUAAUGUAGACAUUCACUGUCAUGUUUUUAAUAUCAGCCGUAGAAUCCCGAAGCUUCUUCUGCUCAUCAGUCGCUGAUAUCAACACCUGAUCAAUAUCCGAUCAACAUCUGAUUAACGCUUGAUGUUAGCACUCACAGACUCUCCAUUAAUUAGCUUUAUUAGCAUGUAUGUUAGCAGCUUAUUGGCUGUUCAUUGAUCAUUAUUUAUUCUGCAUGAUCAUAUUCUGCAACCCUCAGUAAUCUAAUUACUGCUUGUUGAUUGAAGUAAUGAAGCUUCUUCAUAACUUAACCUUGAAGAAACGGAGCCCAGAAAAGCCUCUAACACGUGUUUCAUAAUGACGAAUGAAGAGCCAAUCAGCUGCGAGUCAGCAGCUCGUUAAUGUCCAGUCUGUGUGUGUUAAUGAGCUGUGACCAGCAGGAAUCAUUGAAGUUUCACGUUUCAUAUGAAGACCAGCUGAUUAUCUUCACAGGGAUGAUGAUGAUGAUGAUGAUGAUCAUGAGAAUGUUGAUGAUGAAGAUGAAGAUGUUGAUGAUUGUAAUGAUGAUGACCGUGACAUUGAUGAUGGUGGUGACCGAUCAAUAUGAGCUCGUUGAAGCAUCAAAGCUGUUUGUUGAUUUAUAGCCCCUGCUGAUGAGAGUCACUGUGAGACGUUCACUGUCUCCUGGUUUCCGGAGUUUCUGUUUGUUUCUCAUCAACUUCUUGACGCUUUUUUCAUGUUUUAGUUUUUUUUUGAGAAAACCCUUUUAAACGUGUUGGAUCUGUAUGAAUGUGAAACGUUUCAGUCAUGUCUUCAAAGUUCUCUUCACGUGCUUCAUGUUGAUUCAGCGUUCAGUCCGUCCAGACCAGAAUUAUUCAAUCGUCAUGACGACGGUCUCGUUACCUCGUUAAAGUUGUUAACGAAUUACAUUUCAGUUAAAAUGAUACAUUUAUGAACUCAAAGCCAAAUGAAGAAAUCAGAAAAUCCUUUUUCUAUUUUUAAAAUGAUUUCAUAGAUAAAUUGAACAUUUGGGACAAUUAGAAGAUAAAAUUAUUGAACUGAAUAUUGAUGAAUAUUGACUUUUACGGACUUUGAGUUUCUGGAUGUAUCAUGUAAAUGAAAGUUGGCUGAUAAUGAAACGCUGCAGCCCCUCGUCAAUAAACACAUUGAUUUAUCUGCUGCGGACAGCUGGAGACUUGUGAUGAAGACUCUGGAAACCUCUUCAUCACUUUGUUCUAACUCGUUGCACAUGAAGACAACUGAGCUAUUGUUUACAGACUCACUCCAGCAGUAUUAUUAUUAUUAUUAUUAUCAGACAUUAAUCUCAGCUGCACUUUAUGUUCUUUGUGCUUCUUCUGAUAAAAAGGUGCUUUAACAAACUGAAUCAAUCAGAACGUCACCUGAUCAAUACUGAAGUGACUCUUAAAAGAUGAUCAUUGAUCUGCUCGUCUUAAUUUCCGCUCCCUGUAUUAACAAUCCACUGCUCAUUUCGUUUAUAAUCACAUAUUUGAGUCAGUAGCUGUUUCACACCUUCAGUGUCGACAGUUCCUCUUUUUAACUUUCACUUUGUUCAGAAUGUUGAAAAUCAACACAUGACGUCACUUCCUGUCUGGAAGUGAAAGUGAAGGAAAGCAGUGUUUUUAUCAGAAUUAACUUUUCUACCGAGCAUGACCACAGUAAUCAGCUGAUCAAUAAUGGAUAAUCAUUCAUGUCUGAGGAAUCUGUCAAAUCUUCAGCUUUGUUUUCUUGUCGAAGUUAAAGUUUGUUGUUUUUUGACUGGAGUCUGGUGUGUAAACUCUUUUUAAACUUGUUUUCUAUGUUUUCAGCACUUUGUAACUUGGCUAAAACGGCGCUAUGCAAAAACACAUGAUGAUUAUUAUUCUGAGCAGGUUUUGUUCCUGAACUCUUUGAUCUGAUCAUACAGUCUGUCGGAUGUAUUGAUCAGCAGAACAGACGAGGGUCAGAGCUGCGUGAACAUGUUAAAAGGAACAUUUUUGAAAAAAUAUUAAAUUUUUACUUAAAUCUCCAAA